AUGCAGGGGCAAUAUAUCGGCCCUGCGUCAGGUGUAUCUUUCCUUCUGAGGAUCCAAAAACGUCUCCGACAGGCUAUUUCAAUUUCGAAGGCUAGCAGCAUAUUUACAUUCGGCGAUGCACCUCUACAGGUUCCGGAAUCUGACCCAUCCUUCUGUAUGAUGCUGCCGAGAGCGGACGCUCAGCGCCUUGUUGAUCGUUAUUUUGAGUUUGCAAUGCCUACUUAUCGGUUCUUGCACAGGCCUACUCUUCAGUCAUAUUUUGAUGAGUUCUAUGAUACACUCGGUAUAAUGGAAGAUACGCAAAACGCGUCGGCAAAGAUUGCUUUGCUUUUUAUGGUAUUUGCCCAGGCAAGAGUAUACAUGCCAGACAAUGACCGACCCGGUCCGCCCGAUUUGAGGCCGCCUGAUGCUGUCAGUGGGCUGGGUCGUAUCGAGUCAGAAUGUCGUCGACGGACCUUUUGGUGCGCCUACACACUAGAUGCCUACCUGAGUGCGGCACUAGGAAGACCUCGCACAUUCCACGAUAAUGACAUCGACAGCGAGCUACCAGCAUGUAUCGAGGACGAAGAUCUGACGAACGAGGACACCAAUAACUUUUUAAAUCAGAGCAGGGGCUCAUCGACUAUGUUGGCUGCAAUUGCACAUAUGAAUCUGUAUUCGGUAAAACCUGUCCCUGCCUCGGACCGAGCAAGUGCUGUCGAACAGAUCUCAAAAGACCUUCAUCAAUGGCGCUCCGAGCUGAGCCGCUUCUUAGACGUUGACAUCUAUAGCACCUCCUUUCUAAUUUCUAUCUUCCAGCGACAAAGAAAUGUUCUCAAUCUUACCUAUUGGCAUGCAAUAAUUCUCACCCACAGACCAUUCGUAUUGAGAACCCUUGCACGACUCUCGCAAAAUGGCAGAGAUAAUGCCAUACAGGAGGGCGCUCAAACGGGGAAAAAUCUUAAAGAGUGCAUUGACGCUGCAAUGAAUACAGUCAAUACAAUCAGUGAAAUUACAGAAAGUCGACAACUCUUCCGAGCAUUUUGGGUUUGUCAGCAGUGGCGCGCGUUUCUAACAGCUCGGCUAAUCAAAGUUCAGAUUACGGCCUACUUUGCUUUCAAUGCCACUAUUAUGCUCUAUAUUCAUGUGAUACAGCAAUGUACUUCACCGUCAGAGUUUUACGCCAAAUACUUCUCGGCUGCCUCUCGUUGCCAAUCUCAUAUUGCAGCCAUUGCUGAGAAGGGGUCACUAUCGGAGCGCUAUUGCUUAGUACUCGAGGAGCUUCGUGUCGAAGCCCUGCGUCAAAUUAAGCAUGCACACUCAAACGACAUGUUGGCCUCUUCAAUAGAUGAUCAGCGGGCCGAAAAUCCGUUUCAGUGCCAAUUUAAUUCAACAGAACAAAGCUCCACUGCCUCAUUCGACCUAGCAGAGCUCGCGAUAGAUCUAGAUGGUAACAUCCCUGCCCUUACAUUCCCUAAUUACUCAGGGUGGGAGCAGUUCACCUCUUUGCUUUCAUCUGGAUUAGGGAAUAUGGACGGUUUCAUUAGCUACGAUCAAUGA